AUGGGCAAAGACAAGUUCCAUGUUAACGUUGUCGUCAUCGGCCACGUCGAUUCUGGCAAGUCCACCACCACUGGACACCUUAUCUACAAGUGCGGUGGUAUCGAUAAGCGUACCAUCGAAAAGUUUGAGAAAGAGGCUGCCGAACUCGGCAAAGGUUCCUUCAAGUAUGCCUGGGUUCUCGACAAGCUGAAAGCUGAGCGUGAACGUGGUAUCACCAUUGAUAUCGCCCUAUGGAAGUUCGAAACCCCCAAAUACAUGGUCACGGUCAUCGAUGCCCCUGGUCACCGUGAUUUCAUUAAAAACAUGAUCACUGGUACCUCCCAGGCUGAUUGUGCUAUCCUCAUCAUCGCCGGUGGUACCGGUGAGUUCGAGGCUGGUAUCUCGAAAGAUGGCCAGACCCGCGAGCAUGCCCUCCUUGCCUUCACCCUUGGUGUGCGGCAACUCAUCGUUGCUGUCAACAAGAUGGACACCACCAAGUGGAGUGAAGAUCGUUUCAACGAGAUUAUCAAGGAGACUUCGACUUUCAUUAAGAAAGUCGGGUACAACCCUAAAACGGUCGCUUUUGUUCCCAUCUCAGGCUGGCACGGUGACAAUAUGCUGGAGGAAUCCCCUAACAUGCCGUGGUACAAGGGCUGGAGCAAGGAGAACAAGUCCGGUGUUGUCAAGGGCAAGACCCUCCUCGACGCCAUCGAUGCCAUCGACCCUCCAUCUCGACCCUCCGACAAGCCUCUUCGACUUCCUCUACAGGACGUUUACAAGAUUGGCGGUAUUGGGACGGUGCCCGUCGGUCGUGUUGAGACUGGUAUCAUCAAGGCUGGCAUGAUUGUCACGUUUGCGCCUAGCAAUGUCACCACUGAAGUCAAGUCUGUCGAAAUGCACCACGAGCAGCUCGAGCAGGGCGCUCCAGGUGACAACGUUGGUUUCAACGUGAAGAACGUGUCAGUCAAGGAUAUCCGCCGUGGGAACGUUGCGUCUGACUCGAAGAACGACCCCGCGAAAGAGGCCGCAUCCUUCAACGCCCAGGUCAUUGUUCUAAACCACCCGGGUCAGAUUGGUGCCGGUUAUGCCCCAGUCCUCGAUUGCCACACUGCUCACAUUGCCUGCAAAUUCGCCGAGCUCAUUGAGAAGAUUGACCGUCGUUCUGGUAAGGUGAUGGAGCAGUCGCCGAAGUUUGUCAAGUCAGGUGAUGCCUGCAUUGUCAAGCUCAUCCCAAGCAAGCCAAUGUGCGUUGAGUCGUACAACGAGUACCCACCUCUCGGUCGUUUCGCCGUUCGUGACAUGAGACAGACUGUUGCUGUCGGUGUCAUUAAGUCCGUCGACAAGACUGAAAAGACUACUGGCAAGGUCACAAAGUCCGCGGAGAAGGCUACCAAGAAGAAGUAA